AUGAUUACAAAAGGAAGGGCUGAUUUCUUUCUUAUUCAAGAAACAAAAUUGAAACAUUUUGAUGAAUCGAUGGUUAGAAGCUUAUGGGGGGAGGAUGGUAUGGAUUUUUCUUUUUCUGACUCGGAAGGAUUAUCGGGUGGUUUACUGACCAUUUGGAGAACCGAAACGGUAAGAGUUGUGGCUAGUUUUUCAGGACAGGGAUGGAGAGUGGAUUAUAGGGGGGAUUUCAACGCGGUAAAAAAGAGGAGCGAGAGAUGUGGUUUGAGUUCGAGGAGUUGCAAUGUAGAAUGGAGGGAAUUUUCGGACUUCAUUGAUGAAACCGGUCUUGUUGAUGUACCUUCCAAAGGAAAGAGGUUCUCUUGGUUUAGUGGGGAUGGAAAAUCGAAGAGCAGAAUUGAUAGGUUUCUUAUCUCCAAUAACAUUAUCUUGUCUUGGGGAGUGGUUGGUCAAUGGAUAGGCAUGCGAGAUGUUUCCGAUCAUUGCCCGGUUUGGUUGAUGGUAGACAAAGAGGAUUGGGGUCCAAAGCCGUUCAAGUUCAAUAACGAAUGGUUCAAAGACAAGACUUUCUUAGACUUUGUUAAGAAGGAAUGGGAGGGAUUUACCGUUCAUGGGAGGGGAGAUUUUGUUUUAAAGGAGAAACUUCGCCUUCUUAAAGAGAGAUUGAAGUGGUGGGAAAAAAUGUUUUUGGAAGGAUAG